CUGGUGUCAAGGGGGAGAGGUACAAGAGAUCCCCCCGCCCAGCCCUGCCCAGCUGCUCUGGGGCAGCGGGGGCAGCGGGGGCUCUUUUCCAUCCCAGUUUUCCCGACUUUCACACGAUGGCAGCAGAGGCGAGGGAACGUUCAGAGCCGGCAGGAGCUUGGCUGGGGAGGGAGGGGGCUCUGUUCGUGCACGGCUGCCCUCGCCCCCCUCGCUGCCCACGCUGCCCUCGCACCCCUCACUGCCCGUGCUGACCAUCCUGUUCCCGCUGCCCUCGCUGCCCCAGCCUGCCCCGCGCUCGGGCAGGAUCAGGCCCCGGCUCCUCCUCCGGCCGCCCCGUGACGGUCCCAGAGGUGACACUACCUGCCCAACCUGCGCUGCGACACCCGGUCCCACCCCUCGAGCCAGGGGCCGCGCUGCGCUGCCAACCCCGGCCGGCCCCGCCGCCGCCACCGCCACCCUUCGCGCCCCACCGGACCCCCCUCGCUUCUCCCACCCGCUCCCCGACGGAGAGGAACCUUUGCCCGCUCCGUCUCCUCCCUCGGCGCCUCCGGGAGCUCGGCCCGCCCCGCCGUCUGCUCGAGGCUUGGCAGCGGCGAGGAGGAAACCCAGCGCUGGCCCCGCGAGGGCGGGCGGCAGCCGGGGCGAUAUGGGCAGCGCCGAGGAGGAUUAUAACUUUGUCUUCAAGGUCGUCCUGAUCGGGGAGUCCGGAGUGGGCAAAACCAACCUGCUCUCCCGCUUCACCCGCAACGAGUUCAACCACGACAGCCGCACCACCAUCGGCGUGGAGUUCUCCACCCGCACAAUCCUGGUGGGAGACGCUGUGGUGAAGGCUCAGAUCUGGGACACCGCCGGGCUGGAGCGGUACCGUGCCAUCACAUCGGCGUAUUACCGGGGGGCCGUGGGUGCCCUGGUCGUGUUUGACAUCACCAAGCACCAGACGUACGACGUGGUGGACCGCUGGCUGAAGGAGCUCUACGACCACGCCGAGGCCAGCAUUGUUGUCAUGCUGGUGGGGAACAAGACCGACCUCGCGCAGGCUCGGGAGGUGCCAAUGGAGGAGGCAAAAAUGUUUGCAGAAAACAAAGGGCUACUGUUUGUGGAGACCUCAGCGCUGGACUCCACCAACGUCGAGCAGGCAUUCGAGACCAUCCUGAGGGAGAUCUUCCACAAAGUGCAGAAACAGAAGCAGAGGAGCAGCCAAAGCAACACGGUGUCACUUGCCAGCGAGAGCCCUGCAAGCACGGCCCCAGCACAGGAGGAGAGGCGCCCAUGCUGUGUGGCCCUCUGAGCCCUGGGCACCCUGGGAAGCUCCCAGGGCACCCCACAGCCCUUGGACGUGCCAGUGGCGUAGAGCUGGGUCUGCCUCUGGCUACCAGCACAGGCUGUGCUGCCUGCAGUGCCACCCCUGUCCUGGUGCAGUGGGGACCAGCAGCCCACACAGGGGACAAAUUCUGCCAUAAAUGGUGAGAAGCACCAGUGCUGGGAGCUCUUCUCUCUCUGUUGUGUUUUUGCCGGGCCCUGAUUAGUAUCACCACCAUCAUGCACUGCCUCAGUCCCUCUGGACUUGUGGGACAGAGGACCGGGAUACCUCCAAGGCACUGCUGGGGAAGGAGCCAGCAGGUCCUGGCCAGGCUCAUGCCAGCAACAGGAGCCUCUCAGAUUGCCUCUGGCCCUGGAGUUGCUCCUGUGCCACACGCUGGGGAUGUGGCUGACCCACGGGUGCCCAUCCUGCCAGGGACUGCCCUGGAGUUGAGCCAAGCCCUAAGGAGUGAGUGGCAGCACUCAGCCCUUGGCUCCCUUCUGUCCCAUCCCAAACAUGGGGCGAGUGUGACAGCAGGACCACGUGAAGGUCCCUUUUGUCUGCAUGGUGGGACAGGACCCAGUGCAGGGCCAGGAACAGCUCUGUGUCCAGGGCAGGGGUGACACAAUCAUUA